AUGGAAUCAUGGCGGGAACGAGGAUAUGUGCCGGACUCGGACGAGGAGGAUGGACUGGACAGUCAGGAGAAGUUGAGUGGGGAGAAGAAGGAGGAUGAAAUGGUGGAUGGGUCGCAGAAUUUGGGGCUGCGGGAUGUCGCUGUUGCCGUUGCUGUGACUGCUCCUGCUACGGCCGGGAAGGGGAGUGAACAAGAGCUACGAGGUGAAGAUGGGGAUGAUGAGGAAUCGCAGGAUGAGCUUUUGGAUGACGGUGAUGAUGUGGAUGUGUCUCGAAAAAGUAGUGACGGACUGGCUGAGAACCAAGGGGAUGAGGACGAGGACGAAAACGAGCGUCACGAACCAACUUCGUCGGCAGAAACCCCCAAGGAUGACACUACGGAUGAUGAGACGGAUUCGCAGGCUACACUCAUUGCAACAAGGAAGGACCAGAAUGCCCGUCGAUCUCCCAGCUUGCCAGCCCGAGACGUUAAUCGACCUUCGACUCCGCAAGCCAAGCAACCGGCCGAUGACCAAUGGAGUGUUCCCAGUUCACCGGAUGAACUGCAGACGGAAGUUCUUACUACCCGGAAAUCGAAACCCGUUUCUCUUCCCCCUAAGCCUGGACCUACACCUGCACUUACCGAACACGCACAACAGACCAUCGAAAAUGAUGGUGUUGACAAUUCACCCCUGUCCUCUGCGCCUUCGUCUCUUUAUUCACUACAUUUGGACGGCGGGAAUGCCCAGGAUAAACCGGAGAACCAGCAUGAGGACAACAUGGAGGAAAUUCGGCCGGAAAACAAUCUGGAAGAUCUACUCCCUCACCUUGAUAUUCCGGAUUAUGUACUACAGGAACUAUCCCAGCCGGGACGAAGGUCACUAAGACAACGCAAUCCCAUUCAGUUACACCCGUACCUUCUCGAAGACGCCAAAUACCAACGUCUGAUGAGGGCGGGAGGCAUCAAGCCGGUGCGCAUUGCUCAGAUUCAACAAGCUUUGUAUGAACAGGCUGCUGCAAGUGAAGAAAGCUACGGUCAGGAUUUCGCCAAUGCCGAACCGCCAUCAAGCAGUCCUGUUGGUGAUUUUGAAUUCCCAUCUUCUCGUGCAGAGCCUCGGAUUCCCGAAAGGCGACCACGUCAGAGUACUCCGGAGCAUGGCCGUCAGCGUGGGCCCUGGUCACCAGGCCAUUCGGCCAGAGCUCCUCAUUCAGUGAAGCGGCGAAAGGUAUCACAUCCGAACCGGGGCCAUCAUGGCCAAAAGGAACAGUCGCCGCAUGCUAGUCUCGUUAUCGAUAGUGGUGUCACUAACCGAGGUGACUCAGUCUUUGAUAUCCCAUUUAGCCCACCAGGAUCAGGAAGUAUUUCCUCAGCGCACACCGCACAGGCCCAGUCUGGCUUCCGAUUCCCCCGAGGUUUCACGCCGCCCGCGUUGAACACACCGGUCACUGAACCGAGGAUUAAUACUAGAGAUGUUGGCGAUGAUAGUGCUAUGGACUGGUCUGGUGCCCCCAGUGAUGCCCAGUCAGUCAGUGCAGGGUCAGCCUCUUCUUAUAGUCAAUCUAAUUCUGAUAUGGAUGAUGACCCAGAAGACCAGGAACGCGCUGUCAAAGCUUUACAGCGUAAGAUUAAAGGUGUUCUUCCAGCGUCAUGGCUCCGACUUGAUCAAGAAAAACAAAAGGAUAAAAUAAGUUCGACUCAAAGGAAUCGUGAUAGGGCUGCUUCUCACAGGCCAGAGAAUGCAAAAGGCGUUGCGAAGAAGAUCGAGAAAAAGACUGACUCGGGAGCAACACCAAAUGCGAGAGCGCAAAUAAUAUCUUUGAGUCAUCUUGCUGACGAUGAUAACGAUGAAAGCGACGGUGGUGAUGAUGGGCCUUUGACUGAGGAGAAUCAGCAAUUGACCCUGGCGGACGUGGUCGGUUUCGAAGAUCCAUCCUUUGACCAAGAUCUGGGAGAUGACAUCCCAGAGGACAAUCGCAUUGACAACAUGUUUCCGCCAGUCCCGCGAGACCCUUCAGCUUCUGGGAGCAGAAAGCAAGGCGCGAAACGACAAAGGACCGAGAAGGGCACUAUGCGCACCGGGAACGAGAAAAAACGACCUCGUCUAAAAAGGCAAGCCAGACUGACCGAUCCAGCUCUUGAGGGGCGGGGAAUGAAGCAAUCUUCCUCCAGGGCUCCCAGAGUUCCCAGAUUAGGUAUUCUAGAUGCUCCAGACGUGGCUGAACGGCCUAGACAGGAACAGCCAGCUUUUCUCCGAGUUGCAGCGCGGCAGGCGCGCUCACGCCAAGAUAGAGGGAGGCGAAGCCCAACUAAGAAGUUCUUCGAUUUGGGUUCGCGAAAUGACACGGAAGAUGCUAAUAUGUCAUUGCGUAACUGGCGAAGAGGGAAGCUCCGGCAGACUCGCUUAGGGCCACUGAGCAGACCUCGAGAAAGGCAGCCUUUGAUGAAUCUUUCUACUAAUGGACAAGAUAUGCGACAUAACCCCGAAGGCCGCACUGCUCGAGACGCCGGACCAAGUAGUGUCCACAUAGCAGGGGAGGCCGUCCAGUCUGAGGAGAAUAAUACUGCACCAGAGCGCGUUCUGGAAUUGAAUGUCCCUGCGCCUAUGGCACCAACGUCGAAAAGAGACAUCAUGUUAAGGAGGCCUCGACUAGCGGAAGUGCAAGGAAACAAAUGGAUCGUCCGUCGGAAUCUUGCCAUCACUUCUUUGAAGCGAAAUACCCCAAGGCCGGCGGGAUUGGAAGUAGAAAAUACGGGCAGCAACAUGUCACCUUCAGUAUUUCAACGAUCAUUGUCUGUGCUGAAUCAAGAUUAUUGGCGUAGACGCGCACAUCAAAUGCAGAGGCCGAAUCUAACGCUAGAUCGGUUCCUUUCUGACAGUGUUGCGUCUGCUACACCUCGUGCCGUUCAGAAAGCAGCAGUUCCAGCUGAAUGCUCAUCCAGGUUCAAUGGUACUUCAUUGAACGCCCAACCUCAACCAAGACGCCGUCAGCUCAAGAAGCGUCCUCCACAGAGACUCAAUCUCGACACGAUUGAGCGCCAAGAACCGCCAACAAUCUCGUCGCCUAACCCUGUGCUUUCUGUGAUAGAUGUCGAUGCCGAUGGCCCACAGCCGAAUCCCAGAACAUCUGGCAAGCUAUCUGGAUUCCAGCGCACGUACACGAUUGAUUUCGACGUCGCCCCUCUAUAUCCUGGGACCUUCUUCCAUGAGUCUACAUUCGUGGGAAGUGGCGAGUUUGCCCGUUCUCUUGAGCUGAGCUCGCGCGAUAUGGAUGAGGAUGCUGGUCUUUGCCAUAUAACAAUUGGGGGUCGGGAUUUCCGCUGGGGUGCUUGGAAUGACACCGUAUCCUCGGAACUAGGGGUUGCCUUUGCGAGGCUUGUUGAAGGAGUCGAAACGCACAAUCCAGCCAGCCCGGACCCAGGCUCGGAGAGCUCCUCAAAUCAGCAUCCCUACGGAAUAUACAGGUCGAUCAUCAAAUACACUACAGAAAUCUUGUCAUUCAUCGAUCCAAUUGACAGGUCAGAGUUUGUAACAAGAGCUCAUGAUCUUGUCUCCGGUCUCAACGAUCAUCUGGCAGCCUUGACCUCAACGACCAAUCGAAAUAACAAUCACCUAACGAAAAUUGCUUUGUACAAUGUGGUGUUCGCGAACCAGAUUUUUCAAAUCGCUCGGGAUAGCUUGGCCAAUGAUACUGUUGCAAGCAAGGUCAUGGACCUUGUCAAAUCGGCUUCGAAACAGGCCGUCACAUUUUUGUCGAGGUCGUUAGGCAUUGCAGAUAUCCGCAAGUGCCUUGAUGAGCAAAGACAUCGUGAAAAUCGUGAAGUCGGUAUCCGUGAUGAUCAUCCAGCUGUCGAAGCGUACGUUGUUGCCCGGCAUGUAUUGGGGAGUUCUGAUUUGUUCAAGAAAUGUUUUGAAAGUUUUGCCGCAGAGCUCUACUUGCUACCGGAUUAUAUUGAUUUGAGUACCUCGAAAGAUAUCGGAUCGCUUGAAAAGGGAUGGCGUAGCCUCUUCACGACGCUGCCUAUCAACGAAAUAGACAAGUCUGGAAUCGCUCGAAUCGGGUCCCGGUUCAGACAAGAGUAUGACAACUGGCCAAUUGUCAAGCAGCUGCUGCGUCCUGUUUUGGAUGAAUACGAUCACACGUUCAUGGCGCAACCCAUCUCCUAUAACAGUUACGGUCGGGUCCUGUUCCAGCGGUGCUUCCAUCUCAUCAAUUCCUGGGGAUGGCGGGAUUGCAAGCCGAUACUGGACAUUCUUUACGACUUCUUCGCGAAGAACACGCUUUACAACUUGAAGCAUGAAGAGAGUUUCGGAUCUCCCGCUUUCCUGGAAGAACUGGAUCGCAACCCUCCGCUGGAGGUCAGAUCAGGAGAGCCGUGCUUCCAUGUUCUGUUGAAGAUCAUAGCUAGCGGACUGCGCUUUUUGUCCAAGACCUACGACAAGAAGAAGGUACGAAAUUUUGCCUGGCGUCUGCUACCAAACCAUGGUAGAGUCUAUCCCAAGGAGAUGCCCAUUCGACAUGAAGAUCUAGAUGCUCUACGAAAUCACCACGAUCUUCUGUGUACUCUGUAUUACGCCGUUCCUGACGGAUGCCGUCCUCGACUCGAGGCGAUCAAGAAUCUCGUGCAUCCUGCUAGCUCACACCGUGAGACGUGUGAUAUCAGCAUACGAUCGUGGAUCAGACUUGUUCGGUUUAAGCUAUCGAUGGAUGAGGAUGUUUCGGGGCUGGAACCAUUCGCCGAUUGGCACAGUUAUUUCGUUACUGAGCUCUUGAAACAGCACUCCCUGGCCCGAAAAGAAAUCGAGGCGCAAGGCAACGCGGACAGUCGGUUCUCCAAACAACUGAUCGAGAGCACGAUAACGCAAAAUCAACGGCAAAUUGAAUCGUUACUGAAGGUUGCCAUUGGCGGGUUGCAAAGCGCUGUCCAUUUAGCAUCAACUCUGGAGCAUGCGCGACAGAUUGUAUCAAAGAUGCCUAUCAAGGCAAUACUGGGGCUAUUCAAUUCUAGGGUUGCACGUGUGAACACUGUUGUUUCCGAAGCUCUCCAAGUGAUCGUAACAUACAUCCAGAAAUGCGAUUCUCCUGUCCCAGCUCCGGUUUCAGCUCCAGCUCCAGCUCUAGUAUCUGCAGAAGACGACAGUCAGGAGUACGGGGACUGGUCUGCUAUUGAAGCCGCCGCGUAUGGGGACGAUGGGGACGAGUUGAUCCCGAUAAAUGAAGCAGUCGAGCAUGUGGAAAAGGUCUUCUACCCGGCUGUAUCGCGUUUAGUAUCAAAUUGCUUCGGUGAAGACCAUUCUCCAGAGGACAAAAUCCUCCUCGAUGUCAUGGACUGCUGGACUUCCGUUGCUCAAGUGCUUGUGAACCAUAAACUGCGGCAUUGGGACAAUUUCCUUGGUCCUUAUGAUGGCGAUUCUUGGGCAUCACUUCGGUCUACGGUGCAGACUAGGAAGUUCAUGCCUCAGUUUCUGGCGAGUUGUAUUAGGAAAGAUGCCAGUCUCCUUGUUCAAUGCAAACCCCUGGUUUUGGGCAUGUGGAUGUCAACGUUGGUGGAGAGGACGUCGAUGUUGAAGUUCCAGCAUCGUUUGACAGAAGCUUUGUUGAACGAGCUCUAUAUGGAUCCAUUGCUUGAGAAUCUGCCGUUCUCCAGAGAUCGAGUCGAUGGCUAUUCCAUUACACUGGAAGACUUCAGCCAACGGAGAUUGUCACUCAUCUCGAGCCUACUGGCCAAUAUGCGGGAGCACCUUCAGAACCUGGAAGACAUCAAAAGCCCGAUUUUUUUGACCACGAAGCAGGAAUAUAGGGAACUUAUCCAGAAACUGAUGUCUUCGAUGAAGGCCAACUAUCAGGAACUGGGGAAUAGCGGACAAUCAGUCCAAGGAGCUUAUGUGGACUUUGUCCACCGCGUUGUCGGAUUCCUGCAGCAGCAUUCGAGAGACAUAAGCCCCAUCGACCCAUUCUUCACCGAUCCUACCUCGUUCCCUCUUCCUUCGACAGAUCCAUCAUAUAUUGUGGCAAGAUUGAAGAGCUACGAGCCAAAAUUGUCUGCUGAGAAGGUGGCAAGGACGUUGAUCAUCUUCGUGCAAGGGGUUUCUGAACGCGCGGCUAUCGAUGGUCAGCAGGUGUAUCUUGUUGACCAACUGCACGCAUCGAUGGCAGAUACCUAUGAAUCUGGAACCCCGAUUCGACCAACGCUGCGGGGAAUCCUGCUUCAAUGCGUAUUUCCGGCCUAUCUCGAGAAUGCGUUUAGCAAUGCGGCGGCUUGGAUUCUGAGUCUUCCGAUUUUGCAAACAAUCUCACGCACGCUGAAGGACUUGCUAUUUAACAUGGACACGACGGAUCUGAAUUGCGUCUCAUCAGUGCUCAAUAUCAUUUGCUCCGUCUUGCAGUCGUCAUACCAUUCUCUGCGUCUCAUAAUAGAUAAUCCCAACAUGCUUAAGGAACCGCCAGUCCUGAUCACAGCAACAUCCUUCAUCGAGGUAAUCACCGUCACCUUGCCUAUGAUCGAUUAUAUAAACCGGGUCACCGGCACAGGGGACAUAGCCAUCUCACAGGCUCGUGCUUUACGUGCCUUCGCCCUCUUCGCUGUCCUGCACCUUCGUGGCCUCUCGUUUGAUGAUGUCAUGGAAGACUUCACCCAGUCAUCCAACGCAUUCACGGAACUGACACACACGGGUACGGCUACAGUCCCCCACUUCUACCAAGAAACCCGCCACUCCGCCUCCCGCGAGCUACAAGCGUACAUCAACGAGAGCUGGUCCCGACAUCAAGGAAAAUACUUCUUCACGCGGCGGGGCGCGCACCAGCCGCAGGAGGUUGGAGUCGAUCCUUCAAUCAUGGUGAAGCUGGGGAAUGUGCCGGAGAUGGUGUUUGAGAAUGCUGUUGGAGGACUACUGAGGGCGUUCAAAGGUCUUGAUGUUUUUGAUGAUAGAUAUGAUUAG